UUGUGCGUUGCCUCUCUCCUGCCUGCAUUUAUUUUUAUUUGGUGGCAUUUCUCUAACAAAUUGUUAGCCAUGAGCGCCACUGCCGAGUUCCAACGGUGGCUCGACGAACAGCUGCGUGCCCUGAAUACGGACGAAAGCGUGUUUGGCACCUAUAUUGUUGGGAUAUUGGAGGGCGAUGACACGCAGGAUGAAAAGACAGAGGCGCUGGAGGGGAUUCUGAAAGAAACGGGCGCGGCCAACAUUGAUGAGCUGGUUGGCAAUAUACUACAAAAGUGGCUGCAAAGCCAUCCCAGUGCCGAUGAGCCGCCCAAGAAAGGUCUGGACAUCGAUGUCAAUGCCCAGUUGGCUAAAUUGCUGGAACAGCAAAAAUUGCAACCCGCUGCCAAAGAGCGUCAAUAUACCGCCGAGGAGUUACGCAUAAAGCAACAAAUUUUGGCGCAAUAUUCACAGACUGUUGUCAGCGUGGAAGACGAAGCCUCCUCAGACGCGGAGGGCGCUGAGCCAAGUAGUGCUGCCGCUUUUGCCCCCAACACCAACAAGUCCGAUGUCCUGGCAUUGGCCAAGGAGAAACGCGAACAGGCGCGUUUGGAUAGCGCGGCUAAGAAGCAAAAGGAUAAGGAGGAUCGUGAGAAGCAAAAGCAACAGCGGGAGGAGAAGAAGGAGAAGCGGAAAACCGUCAAAGGCGAACGUCGUCGGUAACCGACGUUUCUGGCUCAACUUAAUUUAUUUUUUUUCGUUUUCCAAUUCUUUUGUGCAAAGCUCAGUGUACAUUUUGUCUCAAAGAGAAAAUCCUUGUAUAUCAUGAAUUUUGUGGCUCAAGGAACGCACGCGGAAUAUAUGCAAAUUGUUAUGCAAUUUGAAA